AUGAGUACAGCAUCGACCCCGAAGAUGGAACGUGAUCGAGAGACAGGCAUUUCCAUACUGGUAAUUGGCGCAGGUAUCGCAGGCCUGAGUUUUGCCAUUGAGUCCUACCGCAAGGGCCAUAAUGUCCGCAUUGUCGAGCGUCGUUUGUCCCAAGAGAGCGCAGGAGAGAUGAUCAUUAUCACAACUUCUGCCCUGCACACGCCAAAGAAGUGGCCAGGAUUCAUGGAGCGCGCCAGAAAGAGAGCGAUUCCUCCAACACUCACGAUGAAAAGAUUCAACGGCGAUGUCGUAGGAAGCUUCAACCUCGGUGACGAAAAGAACCCAUCCAUGGCCAUCUACCGAUCAGAGCUACACAAAGUGCUCCAUGAAUAUGCUUCACUGCUCGGAAUCCCGAUCGAAUUUUCGACAAGCGUUGUGGAUUAUUUCGAGACUGAAGACCAUGGCGGAGUAGAACUAGCGGACGGCCGCAAGCUAACCGCAGAUAUCGUGGUGGCUGCGGAUGGAGUUGGCUCGAAAUCAUGGCACCUUGUCGGCGAGAAAACUGCCCCAACAAGCUCGGGAUUCGUCUUGUACAGGGUCACUUUUCCUGCGGCACCUGCACUUGAAAAUCCAAUCAUUAGAACGGAGUUCGAGGGUGUUGGAGACCGUGGAAUCCUUCAUGCUGGUCCGGGAGCACACAUGGUUACCUGCCUGUCAGGCGAUAAGAUGUGUUGGAUGCUGACUUGCAAGGAUGAUGGCGACAAAGGCGGAGAAAGCUGGUCUCAGUCGACUUCGAUCGACAAAGCCCUCGAAGCGACCCGUGGCUGGGAGCCAUUUAUUACCGAAGUCAUCAAAGCUACGCCUGGUCAUACUGUUCUCGACUGGAAAUUGAUGUGGCGUGACCCUCAGCCGCGGUGGGUAUCGCCUAUCGGCCGGGUGGUUCAGAUAGGGGACUCCGCACACCCAUUCCUUCCGACCUCAGCUAGCGGUGGGACUAUGGCAAUGGAGGAUGCGUUCUCUCUAGCUGCAUGCCUACAGCUUGCGGGAAAGAACGAUGCAUGUCUCGCAACCAAGUUGCACAACCAUUUAAGAUUCGAGCGGGUUUCAUCGGCCCAGAAGAUGGGUUUCAAGAACCGCGAGGUGUUCCACAACACGAACUGGGAUGUCGUCGCAAAGAACCCAGAGGCCAUGGGCAAGAUGGUUGGGGACUGGGUCAUAUACCACGACCCAGAGCAGUAUGCCUAUGACUCAUACAAGAGCUGCGCAGACCAUAUAAUACAGGGCACACCUUUCGAGCACAGGAAUACUGUACCGGGAUAUACAUACAAGCCCUGGACUGUCAAACAGCUUCUUGAGGCCUCUAGUGCAGGUCAGCCUAUCGUCGAUGAAGGGGUUUGGGAGUAA